CCCCCAUCUCUAGCGAAUGGGCGGGACUUCACUUCGGGAAUGACGAACACUAACUUAGUCUGGUGAAGCUAUUCAAGGGAGUUACAAUUCUACAUUUGGGACAGGCAACGAACCGCAGCUUCUAUAUUUAUAUUAUCCAAGGGAAUUAUGCAAACUGGAUAAAGUUUAUGGGACAACAAAAGCAACAGUGUCAGCGAUGGGGGUGAACUACGGACAGUAUGGUAGGCUGGCUCUGCAUAAAUGUGCAAAAAUCACAGUCCUUGACUUUUGAACAGAGUAUUUCUAAAUAUGUUCUUACUGUCUGGCGGAGAUGAUUCAGUGCAAUAGUGAAUUCUAAAUUUUGUUUGAAGGCGUUUUUAUUACGAGUCUGAUUCGCUUCGCCGGAGUUCAAAUGGACAAAGAGACUGAUUUGCUAUUCUGCACCUACGGAGCAGACGGAACGUGGAUCUAAUGAGAGGUUUGAUUUCAGUGUCACAAAACGACUUUUAAAUAAAGGCACCACUACGACAAAAUGAUGUGGAGCCCAUGGCAGUUGGUUUACCGUACAGCUAUUGGCUGCAUGGUUCUGGAAAUACUUAUUCACAAUGUUGCUCAAGGCCUGAAUGUUUGUAUGAGUGGCAGCGCUACAUCCUGUGAGGAAUGCCUGCUCAUUCACCCAAGCUGCGCCUGGUGCGCUCAAGAGGAGUUUGGCAGGGUACGCACCCUGAUGUCACGGUGCGACCUGAGUCAGAACCUGCAGAAGAGAGGGUGUGAGGCCUAUAACAUAGAGAAUCCCAGAAGCACCACCAGGGUAGUGAAGAGCGAACCACUCAGCUCCAAAGGCUCUGGUCCCACCCAGUAUGAUGUGAUUCAGAUCAUGCCCCAGAAGAUCUCCCUGAGUCUCCGGCCAAGUGAUCAGACGUCAUUCAAGGUGCAGGUGCGUCAGGUGGAGGACUACCCCGUGGACCUCUACUACCUGAUGGACCUGUCUUUGUCCAUGAAGGACGACCUGGACAGCAUCAGGAACCUGGGGACCAAGCUGGCCGAUGAGAUGAGGAAACUCACCUCAAACUUCAGACUGGGCUUCGGCUCAUUCGUAGACAAGAACAUGUCCCCGUUCUCCUACACAGCCCCAAAGUACCAGGACAACCCCUGCAAUGGAUACAAGCUGUUCCCCAACUGUGUCCCCUCCUUCGGGUUUCGCCACCUCCUUUCCUUGACUGACAAAGUGGAUCGCUUCAACGAGGAGGUGCAGAAACAGAUGGUGUCUCGCAACAGGGACGCUCCAGAGGGAGGCUUUGAUGCCAUCCUGCAGGCUGCUGUCUGUAAGGAGAGAAUAGGUUGGAGAAAGGAGGCUUUCCACCUGCUGGUGUUUGCCACAGACGAUGUGCCUCACCUGGCCUUGGAUGGCAAGCUGGGAGGCCUGGUCCAGCCACACGAUGGAAAGUGCCAUAUGAAUGAAAAGAAUGAGUACAGCGGCUCCACCGAGAUGGACUAUCCCUCCUUGGCUUUGUUGGGGGAGAAGUUGGCGGAAAACAACAUAUAUCUUAUCUUUGCUGUGACAAAAAGGCACUAUGUCAUUUACAAGAAUUUCACAACACUCAUCCCUGGAACCACAGUGGAGAUUCUCGACGCGGACUCCAAGAACAUCAUCCAACUCAUUGUAAACGCUUACAAUAACAUCCGGUCCAAAGUGGAGCUGACUGUUUGGGACCAACCCGAGGACCUCAGUCUGACCUUCACUGCUACCUGUCAGGAUGGACAACCUCUGCCAGGCCUCAGGAAAUGUGCUGACCUCAAGAUCGGAGACACGGUGUCCUUCAACGUGAGCGUGGAGGCGAGAGGCUGCCCUCCUCCGGGGACCAGGCAGAGUUUCACCGUCAAGCCGGUGGGCUUCAAGGAUCGCCUGGAGGUUUCCGUGGACUAUCGCUGCGACUGUGGCUGCACGCACCGCGCCCGGGCCAACAGCAGCCGCUGCAGCUCCAGGGGCCAGUACGUCUGCGGCACGUGUCGAUGUGACACGGGCCACCUGGGCGCGCGCUGCGAGUGCCACGAGGGCGAGGCCGGAGCCGUGUACCAGGGCGCCUGCAGGGAGGCAGAGGGGAAGCAGAUCUGUAGCGGGAGAGGCGAGUGCAGCUGUAACCAGUGCCUCUGUUAUGAGUCCGAGUUCGGGAAGAUCUACGGCACCUUCUGCGAGUGCGACGACUUCUCCUGUGCCCGACAUAAGGGCGUCCUCUGUUCCGGUCACGGGGAGUGCCACUGUGGAGAGUGCAAGUGCCACGCCGGCUACAUCGGGGACAACUGCAACUGUUCCACGGAAACCCUGUCCUGCGUGUCCGACGACGGCCAGAUCUGCAGCGGCCGAGGGAACUGUGCGUGCGGGCGAUGCCAGUGCACGGAACCAGGGGCCUUCGGGGACACGUGCGAGAAAUGCCCCACCUGCCCAGACGCAUGCGGCACCAAGAGGGAAUGCAUCGAGUGCCGACUAUUCAACUCUGGAAGACUGGCCGACAAUCAGACCUGCCAGCGGCUGUGCAAGGACGAGAUCAUAACCGUGGAAACGCUUAAAACGGAAGACCCCAACGCUGUCCUCUGCCUGUACAAGACGGAAAAUGAGUGCGUAAUGAAAUUCACAUACUCUGAACAUGCCAGUGGAAUGUCAGUCCUCACCGCGCUAAAAGAGCCAGAGUGCGGUGCAGCGCCUGACGCCAUGACCGUCCUCCUGGCCGUGGUGGGCAGUAUCCUGCUGGUGGGAAUCGUGCUGCUCGCCAUCUGGAAGCUGGUCAUCACCGUGCACGACCGGCGAGAGUUUGCCCGCUUCCAGAGUGCACGGUCACGUGCGCGUUACGAGAUGGCCUGCAACCCACUCUACAAGCAGCCCAUUACCAGCCACCCAGUAGAGACAGACUUCAGUAUGUACAGCAAGUCCUACAACGGAGCAACCCACUGACCUCCCUCCCUCUCCUCCAGGGUGUUUGUGGGGCUGGGGCACGGCAGGACCGGUCCUCAACCAUCCAUCUGAUCCGACAAAAACUUAUGAGGGACUGAAGUGAAACUAGUAAUCCGGAUUGUUUCUGGGAACGUGUGGCCUAUCUCUUUUUUUUUCUCUCUCCCUGACUGCGAUGGAAAGUGAUCAAGUUUCAUGAUUUGAUGUAGCUUGAGGCUUUGGUCUGUGAUUGGCCGAUAUCAGUAGAAUGCAGCCCGGUGGACGGUCAACAACCGUCAUGGACUCCUGGUUUGGCAGUUGUUGAAAGAGGACAGAGACUGUUAUUUGUGCUCCUUCGCGUCUCAUCUCCAGCUGUGGAAUGAACUAUGUAGACAGAACAGAGAAACCCUAUUUGAAACUGCCAAUUUAUCAAUAACUCCUUCACAUAAGCAGCCAUAUAUGUUGUACAGACAAACCAAGGCGAAACAAGGCAUUGACUUAUAUUUCUAUGUGUAUAUAUUUUUUUUUAACUCUGAAAAAGGCCUUUCUGGACAGUCAACUAUGCAUCGUCUCAUAACAAGUGGAAAUAUUAAUCUACACCAGCGGGAGUCUCAGGUUAAUGAGAUGACAAGAGCACAUUAUUUGCUGAUGAUGAUUUUGACGUCAUGAUACUAACAUUAAUAGAGUGAUAGUUUUCUUACCCUUGUUUUGCACAACUGGUGAUAGUAUUAGCGAAAGUCUCAUAAAGUGACUAAGUAUCUCUUGCUAUUGUAUUUGAAUUGUGAUCGUUGUUAAUCACCAUUUGCACUUCUCUCUCUAGUCUCGCCCUAUUCAGUUAACCUGGACCCAGAUUUAUUCGGGCUCUAUCUGACUUGUGUGUUCUUUGCCAGACGUAUAUCCACUGCUGGAAGCGGCACAGGCCUGGGGACCGGAAUGACUGCAGCUCUCCUGUUCUCUGGCCCUCAUGGCUUCAUUACAAGCUGAGGGUGGAGGGACUGGGAAGGUCUCUACGCUGACAUGGGGCACAGCGCUCCCUCAGGCGUUCCCACAGGAAGAGGCUGGCUAGAAUGUCGUGGCACUGGAGUUAUGAAUAGGCGCAUUAUAAGACGGGAGGGGAUACGCGUUUUCCGUUACCUUCCUUCCUUGUGAUAGCAAGCAAGAGCUACGCGCGCGUGGAAAGGGUGAAUUGAAAGUGUGUGUGCGUGAAAGUGUGCAUGCUAGCGUAGAUGGGUGCGUUUCAUACAAAGGGAGGUGCGCGCGCGCGCGCGCGCGCGUGUGUGUUCGCGUGCCAAUGUGAUAAGAAUCUGAUGACCAUGUCAUUGUUGGCUUGUGCUACCCUGUGUAGCCCAUAACAUUGAGUUUGAUAGUAAUGAUAUUCUCCAGCAUCUUUCCUGUAUGGCAUCGUUCAUCACAGAUCAGUAGAGGCCAAUAGAUUUGCAACACUACUACAUAUGUGUGUUUAUGUCAAUGCAAACAGAGCGGGUAUUAAAAAACACAAUAAAUGGGUGAUAUCAAGCUA